AUUGGCUCGAGUACAUAGCCUCGACAACUUCAACUUUAUCCUGUGAAUUUACGUGGCUUUGAGUGUAAUUGGAUGGACCAUGCUGUCGGAACUUGUGCCGAGCUCGAUGUUUGGAUGUAUUCCUGCCUUCGAGGAAAUACACUCUGCCUUUGCAUAUCCACGUAGUUCAUUCUACAUUCCGACCUGGUCCCUGGAAUUUCCCACUCCCUUUUGGGAUAGAUUCGAGUCAACAGCUUGCGAUAUCGAACGAAGCAGUACUACGGUACUUCUCAAGGAUUUGAUCAACCUUUUCGCUACACCUGAGUUGGUUCACGAUAUUUCAAUCAACGGACGCCGUCCGUUAUGCUACAAGUGCCGUCUUGACUUGAUGAUCGAGAUUCAUGGGGGAACGCAAGUCAUCAUAGGAGUCGCGCGGACCGCUCUCGAGUGCCGAAUAACGACGACACAGACUUACCGCAUCAAAUGUAUGCACUCAAGAGUGGGAUUGGGAUAUAGUUCGAAGUGUUCGCGAAACCGCCGAGGGGGGGACCGAUAUCAAGGUAGCUCAAUUCACCAACUGUGUUCUUAGACAAAGACUUCCGUAUCUUCACUGGCAGGCAAUGUGCUGGCCAUAGGCAUCUGUGCGAAGAGAGUAGGAUAUGGCAUGUAGUAAACACGUGCGAGGUCUCAGCAAAAUCAAGACAAAC